CCACAUGGAAAUAAUAAGAGAAUAAUCUCACCCACCCCCUUCUACUUAUAAUAAGAGAAGAACUUUCCCUUGGCCAUUACAACAUACAUUACAGAAAGUCAGAAACAACAUAAUGCAGAAGAAACUGGAAAGUCAUUUCCUUCUGCUCUUUCUAUUUUUUGUAUCUUCUUCUUUGGGUUUUCCUUGGAGCCAAAACAAGCAAUUCAACCAAGCUAAGAACUAUGAGGGUUCAUCUGAUCUAAUAGAUCUUCAGUACCAUAUGGGUCCAGUACUAGCAUCACCUAUCAACUUGUACAUUAUCUGGUAUGGUCACUGGAACCAAAACCACCAAGCCACUAUAAGAGAUUUCCUCUACUCCCUUUCUUCUUCAUCUCCUUAUCCUUCUGUAGCUGAUUGGUGGAGAACUGUCAGGCUUUAUACUGACCAAACAGGAUCAAAUAUCACAGGAAGCAUAGUGAUCUCUGGGGAGUUUUAUGACUCUAGUUACUCCCAUGGUGGAUAUCUAAGUCGUCUAGCAAUCCAAUCAGUGAUCAAAACUGCCAUGAAUUCCCAUCCGCGACCUUUGCCUCUUAAUCCUCACAAUGGCCUCUAUUUAGUGCUAACUUCUGCAGAUGUUCAAGUUCAAGAUUUCUGCAGAGCAGUCUGCGGCUUUCACUAUUUCACAUUUCCAACCGUGGUUGGUGUGACUGUGCCCUAUGCUUGGGUUGGCUACAGUGGAACUCAAUGCCCUGGCCAGUGUGCCUAUCCAUUUGCAUGGUCUAAGUAUUCAGGGAAGCCACCACCAGUCGCAAAUGGAGGCAACAACAUAAUGAAAGCCCCUAAUGGGGAUGCAGGUGUAGAUGGAAUGAUCAGUGUGAUUGCUCAUGAGUUAGCAGAAGUGUCAAGCAACCCACUGGUUAAUGCAUGGUAUGCAGGAGAUGACCCGACUUCACCUACUGAAAUAGCAGAUUUGUGUCUGGGUGUGUAUGGGACAGGUGGAGGAGGAGGGUAUACAGGGGAAGUGUACAGAGAUUACUGGGGAGAUGGGUACAAUGUGAAUGGAGUGAAGGGAAGGAGAUUCCUGGUGCAAUGGGUAUGGAACCCUGCAAAAAGGAGAUGCUUUGGUCCUAAUGCAUUGGAUUAGAGGUGUUCUUUGCAUGUGAUUUCUUUCACCAACUCUUGCUUUUAGGAAGGAAUCAAUCAAAGGCAAGAGAAUCAGACGAGUGAGGCCCUCUAGCCAAAUUUAAUUAAUUGUCGUGCUUUUUAGAGACUUGAUGAUUGAUACUCUACUUGUUCACUUCAUAAUUGGACAGGGAUGUAAAGAAUUCGUCACUCUUUUAAUAAGGAAUUGUUAUUUAAGCAAACCUAAAAUCCAGUCAUUUCUAAGGCA